CAUAGGAGAAGGAAAGAGCAUGAAGUCCUAAGAGAGCGAGUCACAGGAGAGACUGGCUGGCCAUGGCUACCACCGCAACCUUUCUUGCUCCAACUGGUUUCUCCAUCCAUGGCUGGUCGGCAAAGAGGAAGGUGGGAAGAGGGAGGAAGCCAUGCUCCAUCAAGUCCCAGCAGCAGCAGCAGCAGCUGGAAAAGGAGCAGGAUCAGCAACCAACACAAAGCCAAACAAGCAUUCCACCGCAGCAGCAGGAGAAGGCGAGGGUGCAGCAGCAGCCGUCGCCACAGCCGAUGGCGAAGAGCAAGAACAUGAGCAGAGAAUACGGAGGGCAGUGGCUGAGCUGCUGCACCCGCCAUGUGAGGAUCUAUGCCGCCUACAUCGAUCCCGUAACCCACGCCUUCGACCAGACCCAGAUGGACAAGCUCACCCUCAUUCUCGACCCCACCGACGAGUUCGUGUGGACGCCCGAUGCCUGUCAAAUGGUGUAUGCCUGCUUCCAAGAACUCGUCGAUCACUACGAGGGGGCACCUCUCUCGGAGUACACGCUUCGGUUGAUUGGUUCGGACGUCGAGCACUACAUCCGCAAGCUGCUGUACGAUGGUGAGAUCAAGUACAACAUGAAUUCCAGGGUGCUCAACUUCAGCAUGGGGAAGCCCCGCGUUAAGUUCAACAGCAGCCAAAUCCAGAAUGGUUUGUGCUCAUCAGCUAUAUCACCUUGCUUGCAUCAACCGGGAUGAGGCCUUAUUUCUUGAUGGGGUCGCUGGAACCGUGGUAAGCUUACCUGCAUGUUGUCAACUCUUGAUUUGUUACAAUUACACAAUAUUGUUUCAAUUUGUUAUUUAGAUUCUUGAGUCGGGAACUUCGCGUAUGGAUCAUUUCACUGUCCAGUUGUCUUUCGCUGGAAAGUGGUAAUCCAUCCCAUUAUUCAUCAAGAUGUUGCUAUGCUACAUAGAAUAGAAGAGAAGCACAAGUCACAAGCAGCAUUUCUGCAUCAUGCUCAUUUAGUUAUAUAUUUCUUUUUCUUGUUGCUUUAUUCA